AUGACAGAAUUGAAGAAUGUUGCAUUGGUCUUUGGGACCAGCGGUAUCUCUGGUUGGGCUGUCGCCAAAUGUGCUCUCUUUUACCCCACGCCCACCACCUUUGAUAGAGUGAUCGGCCUGACGAAUAGGCCGCUGCCUCUGGAGAGAAGUGGCUUACCGCAUGACCCUCGACUGGAACUAUAUUAUGAGAAGGUUCCCAACCUAGAAGAUGUGACUCACGUGUAUUAUCUUGCCUACUCCAAUGCAACUGCAUACUCCAUGAAUGUGAUGGCUAUCCGGGAUAUCAAUGAGAGAAUGACCUAUAAUGUGGUGCACGCUGUGGACCGGCUGUGCAAGAAUAUGAAAUUUUUCGUGCUUCAAUCUGGAACAAACGGAGACGAGAUAUUCUACUAUGUGCAGGUUGACCUGAUCAAGGAAGCCAAUAAAGGAAAAUCUUGGAAAUGGUGCGAGGUUCCACCGGAUCAAAUCGUCGAAGCAUUCAACACGGCCGACAACGCCACCCCCGAAUCCUGGGCUGUCAUAUGGCCCAAGAUGUGCGAAUACUUUGGUCUGAAUGCGGAAGGUGCAAGUCCCGAGGACAAGGGCUGGAAGUACAUCGACAAGUGGUGGUUCGCACACCAGAACGAUUAUAAGAAGAUGUGCGAAGAGUAUGGUCUGUGCCCUCGCGAGGUUUUUGAGGCGACUUGGAUUUUCCUUUCAGCAGGCUUCGGCUUUCUGGGUCGCAAUUGCGAGCUGAGCUUGGAUAAGAUCCGGAGUAUUGGUUUUACGGAGGAGUACCCGAUUGCGUAUGGGUAUGUCCAGGUGUUUGAUCACCUGGCUCAGGAGAACAUUAUUCCCAGCAAGGAGGCUUGGACUAAAUGUAUUACGCAAAAUAGGUUAGAAUAUACACGGCCAUAG